GUAUUCUCCUGAUUAGUGACCUUCGGUGGUUUACCAGUGGACCAGGCUAAUUAAAUAUCAAGACGUCCGGGGAUGAAACGGUUACAACCGAAAGCGGUAACAAAUCACCUUUUACCAAUGAGCAACAGACACACAGGGAAAAGCGUUUAGCCUCUCUAUAUACCUCGGUCGCCGACUUGGAGGCUGAAGUGGCACGUAUGGAAGCUCAACUGGCUGAAAUAAAGGCUCGAUUAAAGAACGCCCCUUGUGUGACUGUCCAGCGACAUAUCCAUCUUCUUCAUGAAUACAAUGAAAUUAAGGAUAUUGGACAAGGCCUGACGGGUCUUAUUGCUGAUGCGCGCGGAGUGCGCCAGAUUGAAGUGCAGAGAGAAUAUGGGGUCAAUGACCGGGAUUGAAAACUGUGAACUGUGAGUUAAACAAAUAUUAUGUUGUCU